AUGACUGAUGGAUGGACUGACCAAAAGAUGAUGACUAUCAUAAACUUUUUAGUCAAUAGUCCUAUGGGUACUUUAUUUUCAAAAUCAAUUGAUGCAUCUGUCAUUUCAAAGACAACUGAUAAAGUUUUCAAAAUGAUGCAUGAUAUUGUUGAGGAAGUGGGGGAAGAAAAUGUUGUCCAAAUUGUAACACACAAUGCUGCAAACUACAAGUUGGAUGGACAAAUAUUGAUGGAUAAAAGGAAUAAGUUUUAUUGGACACCUUGUACAGUUCAUUGCAUUGAUCUAAUGUUAGAGAAUUUUGAGAGCAAGAUACCUAUGCAUAAGGAGAUUAUUGGUUUGAGUAAAAAGAUCACAACUUACAUUUAUGCUAGGACUGGUCUUAUAACUUUGUUGCAUAAUUACACUGAAGGAGGUGAGUUGAUAAGACUUGGCAUCACUGGCUUUGUAACGUCAUAUUUGUGUUUGGGUUGCUUGAAUUAUAAGAGGGGAGGAUUGUAUGAGAUGUUCAAUUCCAAGCAAUGGAAGGAUAGUCAAUUUUUCAAGACAAAAGAUGGAAAAUUUGUUGAAAAUAUAGUCACAAACAAGGACUUUUGGAAGAAUCCGAUUAUUUUCCUUAAGGGUGCUUUUCCAUUACUUAAAGUCUUGUCUAUGGUCGAUUAUGAUGAGAAGGUAGCCAUGGACUAUAUCUAUGAAACAAUGGAUCACGCAAAAGAGGAGAUACAAGUUAGCUAUAAUAAUAAGAUAAAAAGUUAUCAACCUUUAUGGAAAAUUAUAAAUAAUAGAUGGGACAAACAAUUGCAUAAGCCUUGGCAUGUUGCAGGCUAUUAUCUUAAUCCAAUGUUGCAUUACAAAUCUAAUUUCAAAGCAGAUAAUGAAGUGAAACAAGGAAUGCAUGCAUGUUUAGAAAGGAUGAUGAGAGGAGACAUGGAUAUGGUUCAUACAAAGAAAAGAAAUUGGUUGAAACAAAAGACUAUGAAUGAUCUUUUGUAUGUGAUGGAAGAAAAUGCAGGUGGUAAUCAUGUAAAUGUGGCAGAUUUAGAUGAAGAUUUGAUGCAAAAUAUUGGUGUUAAAUCAAUUGCACAUGUAGAUGAAUUUGAUGUCCUUGAAACUAUAGAAAGUGACAAUGAAGAAGGAAAUGUAGAUGAAGGUGAUGGAGGAGGUGAUGGUGAUGAUAAUUAUGGUGGAGGAGAUUAUGAGAUUAGUGAAGAUGAAGGAGUUGAUAUUAUGGGGGAAAAUUCAAAUUAUCGGCGCAUUUGUGAUUUCUAA